AUGACCAACCCGCCCAACCCCCCCCGCAAACGUGCCCCUUCCCCGCAAAACCACAAACUUUUCGACGCAUGGAACUCCGCCUCAACAGGCCACCAAAAACACAAAGCCGCCUACGCAGGAACAGCCACAUGGCGCGACACACGCUCGCUGAAACUAGAGCGACAGCUCGGAACCGGCGACUGUCUCCGCCCGGAAGACCAUGUGCCCUCGUCGCGGUCGCGCGCAUUCGACGGGACCUACGGAAGUGACCAAGAGGAUGGCGAGAAGAAGGAUACGCUCAACGGCGCCGGGGAGUGGAGGUGGGUUAGCGAUAUGGAAGCGAAACGCUCGCAGCUGGGCGUGCGGGAUAUCCGCAGCUUCAUGGGGAGCUCUGGGAAACGGAAGUUGGAUUCGGAUUAUGAGGCGCGGCUAGCGGCGAAAAAAAUGAAAGGCGACGAUGCGAAUGCGGCGGUACGAGCUACGAGUACAGGUGACGGGAAGAAGGAGGUGGAAGGCGCGGCCGCUGCGCGCAGGGACUCGGAGUCGCUACGACUGUCAUCUGGACCUGGUGCGCUAUCCGUGUCCGGGCCUACCGCCGCCACAUUGAAAAGUUCCAAUAUAUUCCUCGGCACGACGGUGUUUAUCAACGGCUCGACCCUCCCGUUAAUUUCGGAUCAUAGACUGAAACGUCUGCUUGUCGAUCACGGCGCUCAGAUCUCCAUUCACAUGGCGCGGAAAACGGUCUCGCAUGUGAUUGUUGGACAGCCGAACGCGGUAUCUAAUGCGACUGCGCUCGGUGCGGGUGGGGGGCUUUCGGCUAGGAAACUUCAGCAGGAGAUUAGUAGGGGUGGAUGGAAGGGUGUGAGGAUUGUUGGCGUGGAAUGGGUUCUGGAGAGUAUCAAGGUUGGGAAACGGCUUUCUGAGUCCCGGUUUGGCGUUUUGAACGUUGCACCGAAGGGCCAACAGAGUGUUGCUGGGAUGUUCGGGCGUCGGUAA